CUUUACAUAGCUACUUUUGUAAAUUAUACAUUUUAUCCCAGAAAUGUACUCAAAUACUUAUCAUUACCGUUAUUUUACGAUUCUGAACCUGAAUCUAAAGAUCAGUUAUGCCUUCAUUUUAAGGGGUCGAAGCAAGGAGGUCUUUCCUUUCCCAAAAGAAAAGGGAAGGAAAAAAACGGAGAGGGGGGAGAAAGAAAGAAAGGUCUACACAGGAAAAAAGGUGGUCCCACUCCGAAAACACCGUUUCCAAGCAGGCGGUCUCACUUCCAUACUUUUCUUCUCAUGUUGCUUCGCCUCUAAAGUGAUACAAACACGUUAACAACCAAUAUUUUUGGACUCAACAUGUUCAUGUUAGCAAAUACUAAGAGGAUGCUAUCAUUCUAGCUGGAUUAAAGUUUUAGAAAUACGGUAAAAUGGAGAGAAGAUCUGAAACUGGUGUGAAGAGACUGGCGCUGGGAAUCUCGCCUUCUUACUCCCACCAUCGCCUGUAAGAAAAUCCAUCUUAAGAUUAACACUAAAUAAUUUUACAUCAACUGGAAUUCACACUAUUCUGGGGUGUUGAUUGAAGAGGCAACUGAGCGUGGGACUGGACGUGUCCCUGUGUGGCGUUUGCCGGUGUGGCACUACACCGUGCACAGAUUGGAUGUUGCCUGGGAGAUGAGGAUGUGCUGCUGGCACCAGGAAGGAAGGAUUUUGAUGUGAUGGGGUGCAGGACGAGCAAAGUCCUCCCAGAGCCACCCGCUGACGUCCAACUUGACCUAGUCAAAAAAGUAGAGCCGCAUCAGACCGAUGUCUAUAAAAACUUCAUCAAAAGUGAAGGUGGCGGGGAGAAAACAGGCUCGCAAUCCCCUCAGGGUCAAAGCCAGGCUGCUGCAAAGGUGAGCCAGUCCCCUCCACCGGCUAACGGCCAGCCAGAGCCCGCUGACCCACACCGGAAAAAAGUAGCCAAAUACAGGGCCAAAUUUGACCCACGAGUGACUGCUAAGUAUGAUAUCAAAGCUUUGAUAGGGCGGGGUAGUUUCAGUCGGGUAGUACGAGUGGAACACAGGAGCACACGGCAGCCGUACGCCAUCAAGAUGAUCGAGACUCGCUACCGCGAGGGCAGAGAAGUAUGUGAAUCUGAACUUUGCGUCCUACGACGGGUGCGGCACACCAACAUCAUCCAACUGAUGGAGGUGUUCGAGACAGCUGAGCGGGUCUACAUGGUGAUGGAGUUGGCCACCGGCGGAGAACUGUUUGACCGCAUCAUCGCCCGUGGCUCUUUCACAGAAAGGGAUGCCACGCGAGUGCUGCAGAUGGUUCUCGAUGGCGUGAAGUACCUCCACACGUUGGGCAUCACGCACAGGGACCUAAAGCCUGAAAACUUGCUCUACUACCAUCCUGGUGCUGAUUCCAAGAUUAUGAUCACAGACUUUGGCUUGGCCAGCACGCGGAAGAAAGGCGACGAAUGCCUGAUGAAGACUACCUGUGGUACGCCUGAGUACAUCGCUCCUGAGAUACUCGUUCGUAAGCCGUACACUAAUGCAGUAGACAUGUGGGCACUGGGAGUCAUCUCCUACAUACUGCUCAGUGGCACCAUGCCUUUUGAGGAUGACAAUCGCAUGCGCCUGUACCGACAGAUCCUCAAAGGGAAAUACAGUUUCUCCGGGGAGCCAUGGCCAAGUGUUUCCAACCUUGCUAAGGACUUCAUCGACCGCGUCCUCACGGUAGAUCCUAAUGAGCGUCUCACUGCGGGCCAGGCACUUAAACACCCUUGGAUUGUCAGCAUGGCAGCUUCCUCCUCUAUGAAGAACCUGCAGCGGUCCAUUUCCCAGAAUCUCCUGAAGAGGGCGUCAUCACGCUGCCACAGCACUAAAUCAGCCCAGUCCACUCGCUCCAGCCGCUCCACAAAGUCCAGCAAGGCACGGCGCGUCCGCGAGAAAGAGCUGCGAGAACUCAACCGCCGUUACCAGCAGCAAUGUAACGGUUGAGAGCGAUGUAAAGACUGCGUGUAGCUUACUAAAAACAUUGGAGAGAGCAGAACAACAAUUGUGCCUCAACUUAGAUGUCAACUUCCUGCUCCAUCACCACAGAGCCAAUUAGCGGAAAAAACCUCCUUCUAAACUUUUCAUUCAUCUUCUAUACUUCUGCUGUUUUUCUCUCGUUUAUUACCUUUUAUGUGAGUGUUUUAUUUAUUUAUUGUUGGUGUUUUUUCAUGUUUGUUGUCUUUGGAAAUUAUCUCAUUCAGCCUUUUACCUGAUUGUAUCUGUUGAACAGAAUUUUACAUAAGUUGCUGGAAGGACUAAGAAUACACCUUCCUGAUUUUUGCUGUGAAUUAUUUGUUACGGUACCCACCCAGAAGAUUGUUCUUCUGAUGGGCGAAAUGUGCUGUUUAUUCAUUAUUGGCAACAAAUCACAUGACCUAGUUAUAGUUUAUUGUGCCUUAAUAUCACUUUGAACAUGAAGGAAAGGUAAAAAUCAGACUGUUGGUAUUUGUUUUGAAAGUAACCACACAUAUCACAUUUAUGAUACACACUGCUGUUUAAUUAUGAACCUUAAAGGGAUAGUUCACCUAAAAAUUAAAAUUCUAUAAUCAUAUUCUCACUGGCAUGUCGUUCCAAACCGAUAUGACAAUUUUUUGAUAUACAAUGAAAGUCAAUGGGGACCAAAACAUCACUGGACCUCAUUGGCUUUCAUUGUAUGGACCGAAAAACACAGAUACGUUUUUUUUUAAAUCUUCUUUUGUGUUCUGCAGAAAUAAAGAAAGUUAAACAGGUACAGAGGGUGAGUAAAUGAUUACAGAAUCUUUGGGUGAUUUAUCGCUUUAAUUUGGUCCAAAAUUGCCCAAUUUGUCUGUUGUUUAUCCUGAAUAAGACAUAACUGUUCAUUUUCUAGCCGUUUCUACAGCCCUACUAAAAAGGACCUUAAUUGUAAUAGCAGUUAUUAAAGGGAUAGUUCACCCAAAAAUGAAAAUUCUGUCAUCAGAUACUCACCCUUGUGUCGUUCCAAACAGGUAUGACUUCUGCGGAGCACAAAAGAAGAUAUUUUGAAGAACUGUCCAUGCAAUGAAAGUCAGUGGCGUCCAAAACAUCACUGGACCUCAUUAGCUUUCAUUGUAUGGACUGAAAAACACAGAUACGUUCUUCUAGCACUUCUUCUGUGUUCUGCAGAAAUAAAGUUAUACGGGUGAGUAAAUGCUUACAGAGUCUUUGGGUGAAUUAUCGCUUUAAUUUGGUCCAAAAUUGCCCAAUUUGUCUGUUGUUUAUCUUGAAUAAGACAUAACUGUUCAUUUUCUAGCCAUUUCUACAGCCCUACUAAUAAGGACCUUAGCAGUUAUUAAAGGGAUAGUUCACCCAAGAAUGAAAUUUACUCACCCUAAAGUUGUUCCAAAACUGUAUGAAGUUCUUUCCUCUGCUCAACACAAAAGAAGAUAUUUUGAAGAAUGUUG